AUUUCGAUUUUUUAUCAGAAUUAUGAACGAGGUGAGAAUACUGAGAACUGUUAAACAUCCUUGUAUCAUAAACCUGGAGGAUGUUAUAGAUACUCCAGACUUCCUCUUCAUAGUUCUUGAGCUAGCUGAAGGUGGGGAACUUUUUGAAAAAAUCAUAGAACGGACAAAAUUCAAUGAACCUGAGGCGAAACUACAUUUUUACCAGAUAGCUUCAGCCAUGCAGUAUCUACAUUCAAAAAAUAUCUGCCACCGUGACCUGAAACCUGAGAAUGUUCUCCUCUGUUCCCUGGAUGACUCGAGACCUGUCGUAAAAAUCACUGAUAUGGGAAUGUCAAAACUUGUCGAUCUUGGGACAGUUCUCAAAACAUUUUGUGGAACUCCGAAUUAUCUCGCUCCUGAGGUUAUUAAGAUGGCGCACAGUUCAUUCGCCAGCUACACCGUGAAGGUUGAUUGUUGGUCAUUGGGAGUAAUUCUAUACAUUCUUCUGUCAGGAACCCCGCCUUUCUGUAAUGAGAGGCAGGGAGGUGUACCACUCCGGACACAGAUAUUAACAGCGAACUAUGUAUUUUAUCCUCAACUGUUCAACUCUGUCUCGGAACCUGCCAAGGAUCUCAUCAGAAAACUUUUGAAGGUAGAGCCCGAGGAAAGAUUAUCUGCUGAUGAAAUAAUGCAGCAUCCUUGGGUACAAGAUUCUGUUGUCAGUCAUACUGCAAAGAGUAUAAUGAAAGAGCAAAUGGAUUUACAAGCUCGACGAUCCUUCCUUCUCAACAAACCAUUUAAUGUACUGGCUAACCAUCCAACCAACCUACCAACUAACCAUCCAACCAACCUACCUGCACCAGUCUGCUCCCCUGUCUCCGUCACAGUUAUGAAGAGAAAUGUACCAAUGGAUGUAGACACAGAUUGUGGUCCUGAGAAGAAGAGCAGGGUGGAGAUAAAUCUUGUCCCACAAACGGAUUAAACUAAUCCGUUCGGAACUGUUCUCUAACAUUUUUGCUAAGUCCGUUGUCACAGCCAACUCUUCUGUAACAGCUGAUCCUGUUGUUUAAACUGUUAAAAAAGACAGUUGACAGAUGAAAAAGCAUAAUCACGUCAGCUGCUUUAUGUUCGCUGCUUCUAUGAACUGUUUGCACAAUCACUUCAGAAGCUUGAUGAACACUGCGACUAUGUGCUGUUUACAGAAUUUUUAAAGUAGUUUUUUUAUGCUGCUUUCCAGGGCUGGUAGCAGAAUCUCCACUCGACAAUAUUUUACAUACCUAAAGGAAUUGUAUGGGGCUAAUCUUGUCCAUUUUCUUGCUCACCAGAAAAACUGAGUUUUUAAAAUCGUAUCGAAGUUAAGCACGACCUGGACCUUUAGAAGAAAAAAUUCUUCAGUUGAUGGUUUGAUUUAGGGUCAUUAAAGGAUGCUGAUGUGAAUGUGUUAUCACAAUGAAAGGUCCUUUUAGUUAUCACGUUAACAAUCAUAAAGUCCAUUUUGAUAAAUAGAAAAGAAACCUAUCUGUGGUCAAACUUUAUAUUAUACCUCAUGUUUAUUAAAUUCCACUGUAAAUACAAACAAAAUUCAUUCUUACCGUUUUCAAUAAUAAAUCAUAGUUAAUUAUAAAACAUGCAAUUAUAUGAAAUGUUUAAUGUUGUGUACUCUGUGUACAUGUACUAUGUACUGAGAUCAGAGUACAGGGUUAUUCACCAAGGAUGAGACUUCAAUGAGGCCCACGAAUCUUGUGCACAAUCAAUCGUAGUUUCAAGUGACCCUCCAUGCAAAAAUGGCUCACAUCGGUACUAUUGAAAGCCCUUUUUAAUCAAGUAGGAAUAAGAUAUCCAUGUUUUUUUUUCUUUCAACAUAUUUUCACUUGUGGAUUCUCUUCAAAAGUUACUU